AUGGACGACGCCGUAGCAGCUCUGCUGACUGGCAAGUCCUCCAAGACUCCGGCGAAACAAAGAAAGGACAAAACUCCAGCCAUCGUCGAAGACCUCUGCAGUCGAGCUUUUCAGAACGGUCUGAGUCGAAGUCAACUCGACACCGUCGUGGAUAUAGUCACGCGGAGAACCGAACUGGACCAGGCCAGCACCAACGCUGUAGUCAAAAAUCUGUUUCCGGCAGACAAGAUCUCAUCUGCUACAGUGACCAUCGUCGUCGGCGCGCUCGGUCCCGGAAAGAGCAAACCUUCUACCUCUACGCAAGUUGCCUUGGCCAGAUGGCUUAUCUCUGUCUUCGAGGUGCUCGAGGACGAAACUAUCCUCUCGCGCCUCUACGGCGUGCUGUUCAACUUGCUUGACACUCUCGCCCUGCGUGUGCCGCUAUGCUACCUUCUGUCUCUUGUGACCCGUCGAAAGCAUGUGCGGCUCUUCAGAGUCCACCAGCUUCUCGAGUUGUCACGAGUGGCUGGCAAUGAGCCAGCUUUGACAAGCCUCCUUAGGGUUUACAAAGAUCAUUGUCCAGAUAUCAUUAUUGGAAGUUGGAGCACUACCUCUGCGCGAACAUCUUUACUACCACUUCCAAAUCCGGAGUGGCGAGCUAGACUGCUCACCAUUCAAAACAAGAACUCGAGAAGUUCGAAUGAUUCGGCGCUGCAGCAACAUGGGUUUCGUGUGAUGAGACACGGAGUCAAGCGCAGUAAGAUCACGGCUUUACCAGAAAUACACACCCAUCGGGUCGACGAAUCCACCGCAACGCUCGAAGAAAUCAAUAGUGUUGACAGCUUCGUGGAUAACCUCGAUAAGAUCGAAUUGCCCACUCAAAUGAUGUCCUCACUGAGGGAUCCACUGCUGCAGAAAUACUUGACUUUGAAUCCUUUAGAGACCGCUUCUAGAAGGGCCGAGCUCUGGCUACUCGCGUACCUCGAAGAGGAGCUUGAGGCGGUGUCAAACGACAUUGGCCAACCUACGCACCUCACGGAUAUCCUCAACGGAGCCCUCGAUUAUGCAAGGGCCACCAAGACGCUCCCUCCAGCUAUUGAGGUUUUCUUGGCUCGUUACCUUCCCUACUGGGAUGGCCGAUCAGACGUCGAGACCAUACUCGAACUUCUCUCCUAUGUGCCUGACGGAGCAUUCGGAGACUUCAAAGAUACAUAUCUCAAUGCAGUAGAGACUGCAGUGGUCAAGAACAAUUUUGAUGCUCAUCCUAGAUUGCUUGACUUCUACACGCAGCUUGCCCGCCGCCGUUCAACGCUGGCAUUGCCCUCCCCACGCGCUGCUGCACCCUCCAAACAAUUCAUCCUAGAGCUUGCGGAACAUGUAUCAAGAGUCAUACUAGCCGUUCUAUCAAGCGACGAGAUCCAUCCCGCCACAGUGUCGGCAAGUCUCUCAUUUUAUGAGAGCCUCUCAUCUCCCGCUUACUCAGCGGACCCGGAAGGCGGAAGCGAUGCUCAGAUCAUCCUUCCACCCCCUCACGUAGUCUAUCUUUGUCUCUCCAGCUCCUCGCUGACCGACGUCUCACGACUCUGUUCGAUCCUCGCGACGCUGAAGGCAACCUUUGAAGCCAAUAUGGACUCGGCUCGCUUCUCUCGUGAGUUUACAAACCAAUUCAAUGGCUACCUGAUGGACGUGUGCAAUCUUCUGUGGCGCUCUCGAGCAUUGCUCACCUCGGAUGCAAACGCCAUGGGUUGUCUCUUUCCCAAGAACGCUAAACCAGCGCUGCAAUCGCACCUCCAAGAUAUUGACCACGAGUACGCGUUAGCCUCUAUCUUCGGCCUGUCCCAUAAUCACGUGUUGGCGGCUCUGUCCAUCUCAGCGUUACGGGGGCUCGAGGACCGAGCUGAGGCACUGGGCGAGGAGCUUCACGUCCGGCAUGCAGGCCCGGCGACGCAGAGAUCAUUGGUGGUUUUGGGUAACGAAGGCGGUUUGGACGUCUCAUGGAAGCAAUAUCGAGUGGAGGUUCUGGAUUGGCUUGAUGCCAGGGGCAUAAGUGGGAUCAAGAAGCUGAUGUACGCCACUAUGAAGAAUCUUGCAGGAAACAGCGGGUAG